CAAAAAACACAGAUGAGGUUGACCAAAACAAGCCCUAGCUCCUCCUCCAAAACCACACUCGCCGCCACGCCGUGAUGAUAAGAACAACCUUCGCAACCGCCAUAGCUCAUUUCCACACGCAUUCUCAUGGAGGAGCUCAAGCUCGUCCUCUACAUAGCAACAAACGCGAAGUGAUGCAUUGCCCUGAAGCUUGGUUAAUCAAAAUCGUAUCUACUCUGUUCGUAUACAGAGUUCCAGAUUCAGAUCUUUGUUUCUGUUACUUGAGUAAGAAUCUGAAUCCGUUUAUCGCAUUUGAGGUUGUGAAGAAAUUGGAUAACAAUCAUCCUCACUUAGGGUUUCGGUUUUGGGAGUUUAGUAGAUUCAAAUUGAACAUUCGUCACUCGUUUUGGACUUAUAAUGUACUCACUAGGUCGCUUUGUAAAGCCGGUAUGCAUGAUUUAGCUGGUCAGAUGUUUGAGUGUAUGAGGAGUGAUGGCGUUUCUCCGAAUAGUCGGUUAUUAGGUUUCUUGGUGUCUUCUUUUGCUGAAAAGGGUAAGCUUCAGUUUGCUACUGCAUUGCUUCUUCAGUCUUAUGAGGUUGAAAGGUGUUGUAUGGUGGUGAAUAGUUUGUUGAAUACUUUAGUGAAGUUGGAUCGUGUGGAUGAUGCGAUGAAGUUGUUUGAUAAACAUUUGAGGUUUCAGUGCUGUAAUGAUACUAAGACGUUUAACAUUUUGAUUCGGGGUUUGUGUAGCGUAGGAAAAGGAGAGAAAGCGUUGGAGCUGUUGGGUGAGAUGAGUGGUUUUGGUUGUUCUCCUGAUAUUGUUACGUAUAAUACUCUUAUUAAGGGGUUUUGUAAGAGUAAUGAGUUAGCUAAAGCGAAUGAGAUGUUAAACGAUGUUAAGUCGAGCAGUGGUUGUUCUCCGGAUGUUGUUACGUAUACAUCGAUGAUUUCAGGGUAUUGCAAAGCUGGAAAGAUGCAAGAAGCGUAUCUUUUGUUAGAUGACAUGCUUGGGUUGGGAAUAUACCCAACUACUAUAACUUUUAAUGUUCUCGUGGAUGGUUAUGCAAAAGCUGGUGAGAUGACAUCUGCUGAAGACAUUCGUGGGAAAAUGAUUUCUUUCGGCUGUUUCCCGGACGUUGUGACAUUCACUUCCUUAAUUGAUGGGUACUGUAGAGCAGGACAAGUGAACCAAGGGUUUAGACUUUGGGAAGAGAUGAAUGCCAAAGGAAUGUUACCUAAUGAAUUUACAUAUUCUAUUCUUAUCAAUGCACUCUGUAAAGAGAAUAGUCUGCUCAAGGCUCGUGAACUUUUGGGGCAGUUAGCUAGUAAGGACAUUAUCACGAAACCAUUUAUGUACAACCCUGUCAUUGAUGGGUUUUGUAAAGCUGGAAAGGUCAAUGAAGCAAAUGUUAUUGUGGAAGAGAUGGAGAAGAAGAAAUGCAAACCAGAUAAGAUCACAUUUACGAUUCUUAUAAUUGGGCAUUGCAUGAAAGGAAGGAUGUUUGAAGCAGUCAGUAUUUUCCACAAAAUGGUGGCAAUAGGUUGUUCACCGGAUAAGAUUACAGUAAAUUCUUUGUUAUCUUGUCUUCUUAAGGCUGGAAUGGCAGAGGAGGCCUAUCACCUAAACCAGAUAGCACGUAAAGCCCAGAGUAAUGAUGUGGCACCUCUAGAGACGAUAAAAGCAAAUGUGGCUGCCUGCUAGGCUUUCUAUACAAUAUCUCUCUGCAUUGGCUUUUGUCUCACCAUACAUUCUCUGCACAUGUUUGGCGUAGCUACAACCGGAGCAGAGAAACAGACAAAACCUCACACUUUGCAGGGUAAGAAGAACUAGGAGGUUGUUCAGGAUGUGUUUUUGGCAGCCAAAUUUGCUCAAACAAUGGCAGGAAGGACCAGCAAAGAUCCAAAAAAACUCCACAGUUCAAAAUAGUCAAAACCCCAAGUGAAGAGAGACUCGGCUAAGUGGAAUGACCUAACUAAGAACUUCUAUUACACAAACUAACAGAAACCAGUGUUAGGUCUUAAGCUCUAACCCAAGAGGGGAACUGGUUAUCUAAAAUUUUAGGAGGGAACCAGUUUGUUUGGCUUCUGAGUGGAGGAAUGAAAUAUAUAUUUUUGGUUUAUGGGUUACCUUCUCAUAAAUAAAUAAAUAAAAAAUUUAAUUGUCAAAAUAAGUUUAGUUCAAGAUUAACUUGUAAAGUCUUUUAAUAAUACCCUUUUCAUAAUGACCUCA